UGAUUAAAAGCAAUGCGGCUUCAGGCACUCACGGGUUACUUGUCUUCAGAUCGCUCUGGGAGAUUAAGAGCCUUUUGAAGUGCCCUGCUGAGACCCUGUGGGGGUAGUGGCUGCCCAGGGGGGGUUUGCCGGGAGCCAGCUUUAGCUCUGUAGCCACAACCUGCCUGUACUUGCCGCCUCCUCCUCUUCACAGCCAUUAAAUGCUAUGAUUGUGAGCGCAGUCCGUCCCCGCACUCUCCUCCGCCGCCUCUCCGGGCGACAUGAAGACCUUCCUGCCGUACCUACUCUGCACGGCCACCCACCUGCCGUACCUACUCUGCGCGGCCACCCACCUACCGUACCUACUCUGCACGGCCACCCACCUGCCGUACCUACUCUGCACGGCCACCUUCCUGCGGCUGCAUCUCCCGGCACAAGCCGUUCCCAGCGCAAAAUUCCAAGAUCCAGACCCGACCCCAAACCAUCUCCUCCUCGUGCGGCGGAUCCGGAGCGAGCCGGGGGCCGGGGGGAGUCGCGAGCAGCAGGGAAAAUCCGAGAACGCGAUUGAAUUUGUCUUACGAAUCGGGCAGAGAGAUCACCUCCUCACGUUGCGCAAGGCACAGGAUCUGCUGGCGCCGGACUUUACCGCCUUCCACUACCAUGAAGAUGGGACGUUGGUCUCAGAAUCACCGGGGCACCUGGCUCACUGCUGCUACACGGGGACAGCGGACGGACUCCCAGAAUCCUCGGCUUCGCUCUGCGUGUGUCAGGGUCUCAGCGGUUCUAUCCGUCUCGGUGAUGAGAUUUAUACCUCUGAGGGAAUCUCGUCCGAAUCCGGGGAGUACCUGAUGAGCAAACAGCUCCCCCCCUCCACGGAGCCCGUCACCCCGAAACGAGAGCGCCGCUUCCUGCAGGGGCCACACAGACAGGCCCGGCAGCAGAGAUACAACGUUGAGUUGUUCCUGGUGGCUGAUAAGGCAGAGUUCCAGCGUCACGGAGAAGACUUGGAGAGAACCCGGCACCACCUCAUGGCGAUGGCUCAUCAUCUAAACCAGAUCUUUUUGAAGAUCAACGUUCAGAUCUUCCUGGUGGGAACGGAGAUCUGGACGCACGAAAACAAAGCGAAUGUCUCCGAGAAGGCGUCCUCGACCUUGCUGCAGGUCCUCGAGUGGAGAAGACGAGUCCUACUGCCCAGGAAACAUCACGACAACCUGCAGCUCGUAAGCGGGAUGCGUUUUCAGAAUCACGCCCUCGGAGAAGCUUUUCUUGGCAAAAUGUGCUCGCCGUCUCAUAGCGGAGGCGUCAUCAAGGACACUGGACUCAGCCCCAGAGAACUGGCCAAGUACGUAGCACACGAGAUGGGACACAACCUGGGAAUGUAUCACGACACGGAGACCUGUUACUGCCCGGCUGCCUCGGGGAAGUGUCUGCUUUCGAGACGCACCGGAUACAACAUGGAUGAAGUUUUUAGCGACUGCAGCCAUCGCUUCCUCGAUAGGUUCCUGGAAGAGAAAGAUAUCACCUGCCUAAAGGACCGACCGCAAAUAUACAUGGACGAACCUAUUAAGCAGAGCCACCCAAGCAGAGCUCUUGAAACUGUAGGGAAAGUUUCUCUGAUCCUCUGCUGUCUCGUCAUUCUUCUUCUGGUUUCGAUGAUCGUGAGAAGCAGACUUUGCCAAAAACAAGGGAAGGAGACGAAGAUGGCCUUCAGCCCGGUCCAGACGUUGGACGGACAUCAGAGUGCCAUCAUUUAAACUGUCCCUCACAUCUAGAUUAAGGUCCAGCUGCCCCUAG